CAAGAGUGCCAGCUGCUCCCCGGGUGCGACCCGAGACGCCUGGUGAUCCUGGGCCUGUCGCAGGGGGCGGCGCUGGCGGUGGACGUUGCGCUCCGCGCGCGAGCGCGUGUCGGCGGCGUCGUGGCGCUCCGCGGCAUGGCGCUGCCGAGCCGCCACCUGGCGGGCCCCGGACUGCUGCGGCUGCUGGCGUUCAACGGGGCCCGGGACUGGCUGUGCCCUCCAGAGGAGGCGCGGGCAAGCUACGAGGCGCUCCGGCCUUACGGCGUGGACGUGGCCUUCGACACGGACGAGUGGCUUGCGCACGGCUGCGCACGAGGCCGCCAGAAACUCAGCAGACCCGAGAUGCAGAAGGUCAGUGCGUUCCUCAAGGAGUGCUGGAGUGACUUGUGA